AUGAGCGGGGGAGGGGCCCGCUGCCCGCUGCCCGCAGCCCCCUGUUCCUGCGAACAGCGGCUGGAGCCGGGGUCGUUUCGCCGCAUGGACGGCCGCGAACAGGGCAAAACUCCCAUCACCCAUCAGGCCACUCCUCGCGACCUUUCCGAUGACGGCGACACGGCAUGGCGAUCAGACUUACAUCUGCGAUGGUUUCUGGCCGGCAAACAGUGCUAUGACCGUCGCGAGGCUUGA